AUGUCGCCCUCGCCGUCCCUCGCUCCGCCUGGGACCAGCUCAUAUAGCUCGGAUACAAUGCAUGUCGGUGAUGGAACUUGGGACUCAACCAGAGAUGACUUCCUACUGCCAAAUCUGGUAGGCAUGAACUUUGCGACAAUGAGAUACAAUGGCAUGGGAAACCGAUUUUUCACAAUGAGCGGCUACCACUCUCUGGUCGAAGCUCACGGGAUCAUCGCUGCCAUUACAUUCCUCGGCAUAAUUCCACUUGCGAUAUUGUUGAUGCGAUUCUACGGUCGACAACCACGAUUAGCUCUACGAAUGCACAUAUGGCUACAGAUCCUCACACUUCUACUGAGCACAGUCGUAAUUAUACUGGGCUUUAUGGCAGUUGGCCAAAAGAGGAGCUUGACGAAUCCACAUCAUGGUAUUGGUCUGGCGAUCUAUGUCUUGAUCUGGGUGCAGGUCAUCGGUGGAUGCAUGGUGCACAGGAAGGAGAAACGACAAAGACGACUUCACAUCCCCGUAAGUGCUAUGCUGCAUCACUGGCUAGGACGAGCCAUUGCUCUGCUGGGAAUCACUCAGGUUGCCUUGGGUCUCACCGUGUACGGUUCACCUCUACUUCUUUUCGUCCUUUACACGUUGUUUGUUUUUGCUUUGGUUGUGCUAUAUUUCAUCCUAGAAUGGCUGGCGGAGCGACGGAGAGCACAAUAUGAUAAUGAUGGUGGAAGUUGUUAUAGUGAAGAAGUGGUGUCUCGACCCAAUCGUCGCAGGAAGUCUGGUGGGGUCGGCACGCUUGCAGCUGCUGGAGCAGCUGGCGCUGGAUUGGCGGCACUUUUCUCGAGACGAUCUUCUGGACGCCGUGAGCGCCCACAUGUCACUGGCACAGAAAGCGGAACAUCGUAUUACUCUGAAGAAAACGAGAAGAUCAACGAGAGACGGCAAGGUGGCUUGGGGCACCGUCUCAUGCAAGUGGCCGCCAUAGGAGGAACAGUAGCAGCAGCGCAAAAGCUCUUUGGCCGCAAAGCAAGACGAGAAGAUGGAUCGGAUACUGGUCCGUACCGGCCACCACGACCCGCUCUGGGAGGUAAUCAGUCCGUGACCACAACAGACUCGAUGUCGCGAAUCGAGGAAGGGCGACCACCUGUACGUCCGACGACACCAGCUGGUGGCAGUCCUGGAUAUGUGCGGCCAACUCAUCCUCUCGCCCAGCCACCGUUGACACCUGGAUCCGGGAGGAGGCAUUCUGACUCGAAUUACUCCUACUCCGACUCAUUUGCUUCAGCCUCUCCUUCAAGGCGCGAUAGAGGAACCCACACCUUCCGGGACGCUCUGGCCACUGGUGGAGCAGUUUUUGCUGUCCGGCAACUGUUCAAGAAUCGAAAGCAACGGAGACAGGAUCAGAGGAUAGAAGACGAAAGAAUUUCUCGAAUCAACGGAGCCCAAGGCUAUACUGGGGAUGGGGUCAAUCCACCUCGGCGGCAGCGUCACAACCGCAUGGGCAGUCAGUCUGCAUCCGACCUCACCAGCGACCUCGAGAGCAAUGUUCGGCCAGGAGGUAGUGGCGCAUUGCCGGUGGCAGGAGUCGGUGCCGCAGCAGCAAGUGCUCUGGCGGACAGAAACAGAAUUAGGCCAGUGGGACAUGACCCCGUCAUCAAUACUCCCGGUCCUCCUACAGCGAUGCCGACUGACGUCCCUCCGGUGCCACCUCUGCAUCAGGAGUCGUCGGGCAGCGAAAUGUACACCACCACAUCAGGUCGUCAAAGACACAGACAUCAUCUGCGUGACGAAGCAGCAGCUGGUCUGGCAGGUGCAGCAAUAGGCGCCGCAGUAGGAGAGCAUUCCCGCAGGCGCCAAGAUGGCAGGAACACCGAGUCUCUGGAAUCCCCACCUGUGAGCCUCAAGGUUAAGAUGCACAAUGACGGGCGCCAUGUCACUUUGCGACGGUUGACAGAGGAAGAGGCUGCGGCACAACGUGAAGCCAAACGAAGAGAGCGGGCAGCCUCGGCAUCCAGGAGGCGGCGAAACUCAAGCUUCAGCAGUAGUGAGGGUGAUGCGCUGGGAGCUGGACCGAGCGCUGACCGACGCUGGAGGCGCACUGAAGCCAUGGAGGCUCAGCAAGCCGCUGACAAUCAAGCUGCAGCGGCGGGUUCGACAUAUUCUGAGCAUGUUGCGCAUGCAGGCCCCAGCACGAAUCCGCCAUAUCCUACACCACCUACGCCUGGUACGCAAGGGAUCGAUCCACGUACGGGUCAGACUUACCAUGUUCCGAUACCUCCCCCGAUUCCAGCUUCGAUGAGCAACCUUGGGCCUGCUGGCAGUGGCGUUACCUCGCCUGGUACCGAAACGAGCGGCGCGACAGAGUAUGCCAACAACCGCCGCAGGAGGAGAGCCGAAAGAGCGCAGGCACGUCUCGCGAGGGAGGGCAGAGCAGGAAACACCGUCGACUUUACGUGA